AUGGUGGUGUUGGCUCCUCCUUCGACACCAGCAUACAGAUCUUUCGCAAGGGGCGGGCUAUCGGCAGAAGGGCAAGAGCAUUCCGAAGAGGAGCCGCCCGGCGGGGUAUCCAGUGCACCGCAACUGUUACAUGAAGAAGAAGAAGACGAAGAGGCACUGGCACGGCUGCUGCGCUCGUGUGGCGAUCCGACUCAUGGUAAGCGCCUCCAUGCACGUAUCCUUGCCGGUCCCAAGCACCGCAACAGCGUCUACCUAGCCAACCUCAUUGUCCGAAUGUAUGGGCAAUGUGGCCAUCUAAGAGAUGCUCGAGCAGCAUUUGACUCGAUCCGGGAGCCGGAUGUCUUCUCCUGGAACAUCAUCAUCGCCGCGUAUGCCAAGGAUUUGCUUGUGGAUGAGGCCAAGGCACUCUUUGACAGAAUGCCUGCGCCAAGCACAGUCUCGUGGAAUACCAUGAUCACAGUCUGCUCCAAAACAGCACGCCUCAAGGAGGCCAAGCUCUUGUUCGAUACGAUGCCCAAUCGCAACCUCUUAUCAUGGAACGCAAUGCUUUCCGGUUAUACCCACGGUGGGUACAUGGCGGAGGCCGGAUGUAUGCUGGAGAGGCUUCCAGAGCACAAUGUAGUGUCGUGGAACACGAUUGUUGUUGGCUACGCGCGAGUGGGCGAUGUGGAGCGAGCGCGAUCCGUGUUCGACGCCAUGCUCGAGAGGAACAUCGUGUCGUGUACGAGCCUGCUACAGGCGUAUGCCGCGGUGGGAGAUGUGGCGGCAGCGAGGUCCGUGUUCGAUGCGAUGCCGGAGCGGAAUGUGGUGGCUUGCACCGCCAUGCUUCAGGCGUAUGUGCAAUGCGGCGACGCUGCCGGAGCACUGGACGUGUAUAACGGCGCCAUGCCUGAGCUAAACAUGCUGUCCUGGAACGCGCUGCUGGCGUCCCAGGUCCACUCGCACAGCCUGGCGGCCGCAAAGUUGGCAUUCGAGGAGAAGAUGCCCGAGUGGAAUGUGGUAUCAUGGACGUGCGUGCUGCAGGCUUACACUCGCUGGGGGCAGCUACAAGAGGCGAAGCGCAUGUUCGAGUGGAUGCCAGAGCGGGACGUGGUGGCGUGGACGGUUAUGCUGCUGGGAUUUGCCGAGAGCGGGCGGGCUGAGGAGGCGAUAUGGCUGUUUGCAUGCGCUCCCGAGCGGAACCCGGACAUGUGGACGGCACUUGCGGCCAUGCACUGCAGGAGCGGGGAUGCGCGCGAGGCGGAGCGGGUCAUGGCGGCGGUGGACGGCGGCAUACCCGCCAGGAGCGUCGUGUCGUGGACGGUGAUGGUGGAGGCGUAUGCGCAGGCCGGGCACAUUGGCCUGGCGGCGCAGCUCUUCUCCAGGAUGCCCGAGCGCGACACUGUAUCGUGGAACGUUAUGGUCGUGGCCUAUGCCCACUGCGCCCGUGUCAACGCCUCCGUUCACUGCCUCCACAUGAUGCACGUCCUGGGGCUGCAGCCCAAUGGGAGCUCCCUCUUGAGCGUCCUCUGCGCGUGCAACCACAUUGGGACCGUGAGCUCCGCGUCCCAGUCCAUGGUAUCGAUGAUGCUGGACCACGGCAUCACGCCCCAGCCCCAUCACAUCUCGUGCCUGGUUGACAUACUGGGCCGUGCAGGGCAGCUGCGCAACGCCCAGGAGCUUGUGGAGGAGCAUGGAGGAGGCCCGGGAUGGGAGAGCCUGCUGGGAGCCUGCCAAGUCCAUGCUGGCGGCGCCCUUGGCCGCGAAAGCCUGGCCGCCCAGCGUCUCAUGAUCAACAAGCCAAAGACUGCGUCAUGGUUUCGGAUGUUGUGUCGCGGAACCAGCUGCUAUCAGCCUACUGCCGUGGUGGGCAUGUUGGCCAGGCCAAGAGGCUGUUUGAUGCAAUGCCGCUGGCGGAGCGAGACUUGA